GUUCAGACAUCCAACUUGCAGACAGUUCAGGAGUGCAGCUUUUGUAGCCUUGACUGGAGGUUGGUGGCGGGGCUAUGCAGAGCCGCUUCAGGGGAUGAACAGAGCUGGUCUUGGAGCUCUGCUCCACCUGGGCAAGUUUGCAGAAUUAUUCUCUUAGGAUGGCAGAGAUGUCACAAGGGCCUGACAAACCUCAAGAAGGCCAGGAAAAGAGCAAGCGAAAGAUCCUGAGGCUCACUAAGAAGGCAUGGGUUCCCCUGGAAGAGCAGCCGUUUUCUGACCCCAGAAAGGAAGGAGAGACUCCCACAAUCCCUCUGGUGGAAGACUCCAAACAAGAAAAUACUCAGCAGUGGCUGGACUCUGGAUUCUUUGUCUCUGCAGAUGACAACGUUCAGCGAGUUAUUGGCCACACUGCUUCUUUGCAUGACCAAGGAAUGGUUCAAAUGAGUGUGAAAGACUACAUGAGAUCUCUGCAUCAGUUUUCAGAAGCUCCCAGCCUGUCCAGAGGGACUAGUUUCAGCUCUUGCCAUUCUGCUGCAAGUUUACCACAAAGCAUCCCUGAAUGGCUGGAAUUUUGGGAAAGAGAUCCAGUGGAGAUUCUCCUGGAUCUGGGCUUUGGUACUGAUGAACCAGACAUCUGUGCACAAAUCCCAGCCAGAUUCCUGGAUUGUGGCUCAGUGGCCAGAGGGAUCAACACCCAUGUUUUCCUUGAGGCUCAAAAGCAACGGAUUCUUGUUGAGAAUCCCAGCUUAUGUGGCCAUUUCCAACAGCUGGGAAGCUGGGAUCAUGGGACCAGCACCUUCUCAUCUUUGCUGAAUGAUGUUAACAUCCUACAGAACAAAGUGGAGGGGGAAUCUGGAGGAGAGAGUGCACAGGGAACCUCAGUGAGUGCAACCAAAGGGCAUCAAAGAAGAAUGGGGAAACUUACAAGGAGAGCUUCAAAACAGACCAUCAGGAGAGACUGCAACUCAGAAGCUUCAUUUAAGAUGGAGGAUGAGGUUUUCAUUCCUUCUUCCAAACCAGAAGCAAAUGGAGCAGAGUUACCAGCUGCCUCAGUCAACCAAAGGCAUUUGUCUCCUGUGGCAGAAAAUCAGUCGCUGCAAGCCCGUGAUGACUGGAUACCUGAUCAUCCUUGGGAAAGUCUUCUGAGCAAGCAGUGGCCACACUCAUCCCCACAGGCCAAGCAGGUUCCUCCAUCCUGUGUGUUUGAGGGGUCAGUCAAGGACAGAAUGUGGAAGAACUCGAUUCACUCUAAUAAGCUCAAGAAUUGGUCUUGUCUUGUGGGUAAAGGACCAGACUCCUUUGAAAUGGAAGAGGUCCAGAGCUUUGAGGAAGACACUGGGAAUGCCCUUGACAGGACUCCAGGAACCAUAGGUGUCUGGGUGGGCAGAGCGAACAGCUGUCAGUCUGACAGCAGUGGGUUCCUGGAGGAGCCACCGGAACCACUACCCCUGCAGAUGCCUUCCUUGCCAAGCAGUCAGAGUCCUGCUGAGAAUCCUGGCAGCAAGCCUGGUGGUGGGAGCCACAGCUUCGGGUUCUCUCAGGACUGGCAGCCAGAGGCCGAUGGAUCUGAUCCCAAGAGUGCUGUGAGCACACCUGCUCCAAGCCAGUCCUGGAGUGUGUUGGAAGAAAAGGGCUCAGACUCUGUAGUGGGAGAAGAAUCUCAGCUUGAGGCCAUCCAGGAGCCCAUGGGACACUUGACCCCAGAUCUGGCCCUUGCCCAGACCUCCCACGGUGGGGCACACCUAAGGGAAGAUGGCCGUGUACCCCCGCCACCAGCCUGCCCUGGCUAUGAGGACAUUGAACCCCUCGUCACUUCCAUGAAUGAUCCUCUGGGGUUCACAAUGACCCACACCACAGGAGAAGGGAAGGACGAGUUUCUCAGGCCCUCUGGAGCUGGCACAGUGCACAUGCAAAAUGCACACUCCCAGGAGUCUCUGAGGGCUCCCAGAAACGACCAUGUUGAAGACAAGCUCCUCCAGCUGGACGCCAAGGCCCCAGAAGGAGAGGACAAGAGCAGACGUCAUCCUGACACCAGCAACGGCUUACUGGCAGGACACAGUCCACCAUGGCGUGAGUCUCGUGUCCCUGAGCAGAGCAAAGUCACACCCGGUACAGCGGACCGCAUUCCCAUGUCUGCGGAGUCUAUUCCCCACUUGGAAACCCCCCCUGGGGACGCUAACCAGGCAAAGCCAAGGUGUAGAGCUUUGGGUCAGAGACCACCUGGGGCGGAAGGUGAGGUGGAAAAGCUGCCCACGAAUGCCGAUGCAAACACUAGCAGCUGCAGGUCUGUGACGAUCCAGAUGUCCUCUAGCCUGCUGUCAGCUGCCUGGAGCACGGUGGCCUUGGGGACUGACUGUAGAGGAACAGCGUCAGACCAUGCUGUGUGUGACUCUGCCACCACAAGAGGAUCGAGGCUGCGGACAGAGGAGAGACGGUCCCGCGAUGUUUCGGUUCAGACUGAUUUCUCUGAGCCCAGGCCCUGGCAUUGCUGUGCAGCCCUGAGGAGGGAGGCCUUGACACACGGGCUCCAGCCCCUCACCAGAUCUGUCUCUCUGGACACAGGCUUCCCCUGUGCCUACCCUGUGGGCACCUGCCUGGCUGCACCUGCGCAUGGCUGUGUCUGUGGUCCUCACCAUCCCCACUGCUGCUGGGAGAAGCAAAGCUGCAGCCCUGCACCCCCAGCCUGUGGGCAUUGCCUGUGCUCACAGGCUGCUGGGCAUCUAGAUGCCCACACAGCGGCCCUGAAGAUCCUUCAGGACACUCCUGUGAGGGAGCUGUGUUCCUUCACAGUCCAGGAGAUGGAGGCCAUGAAGAUGGUAUGCCGCGGUUUCCGGGAGCACUUGGAGGAAAUCGAACAGCACCUUACAGGACAGCAGGCACUCUUCUACAGACACAUGUCAGAGGAGGAAAGGGAGGAAGCAGCCCAACUGCAAACUUUGCGUGAGACCCUGAGGCAGCAGGUGGCAGAGCUGGAGUUUCAGUUAGGAGACCGGGCGCGGCAAGUCAGAGAAGGGAUUCUCUUGCAACUGGAGCUUCUCACAGGGGAGCCACCUGAACGUUGUACAAAUCUGCCUCAUUGGACCUGGAUGGAAGGAAACAAUGGCCAAACUUCAUGUGCUGAACUUCACCCAGCCAUGACUGCCAGGGCUACCAUUCCUCCCAACAGUGGCCAACAGGCUCCCAGCUCAGGGUGUUUGUUUAUGGACGGCUUUGACAACCUGGAAGAUGGCUUCUGAUGUGACAGUGGAGGAAAAGGAGACCCACUGCUUUCAGAGGAAAGGCAGCACCUGGAGUCCUCAAAGAUCUGCAACCAUUCCACGGUGUUUCCCUCCAGUGGUUCGUUCUCCCAGUUCUCCAGCAAAGAGCACGGAGAGGAGCCCUGAAGCAGGGAGGCUGCCCCAUCACUGCCAGGGCUAUCACUGCCCUCAGCGCAUGAUGCACUGAUUGCCAAGGCUGCUCCCACCAUCGAUGCCCUCAGUGCAUGAUGCGCUGAUUGCCAAGGCUGCUCCCACCAUCGAUGCCACCAUCAAUUAGCAGGCCUUCAGACGUAGGCUGAAUUAUAUCGCUGCCUUCCCUGGUUCAUAUAAUAAGUGUCCUCAUAUACAGACCUGUUCAUUGUUCCUAUUUCUCUGAAAAACCCUGACAUGAAAGACACAUCAUAGAAGAACUAAGAAACUGGCUACAAAAGUACACACUGAGUCCUGCCAUUUAUCCUGAGCGAGAAGCAAUGGACUCUGGGAUUGAAUCUAAGGUUUGGGGUUUAAAUCCAAUUCCACUAUAUAUUGCCUGUGUUGGAUAAAUGGUUGAAAUUCACUAAGUCUCAGUGUCAUCAUCUGUAUAUCAACAGUUAAUGCAUAUUUUAGGGUGCUUCAAAAACUGCACAGAAAGUGGAAUUAAAAAAAAGUUUAUAUUGAUGCAAACAACUUUUGAAAUCCAUGCAUAUCUUUUCCACAAUGUGCAUUUUCUGUGAACUUUUUCAAGACCUUAUAUAGUCUUUUAGAGCAAGCCUAGAGCUUGGUUAGGGCUCAGGAGAUGUUAGUGUUGAUGAUUAGGAUGGUGAUAGAAAGUAGAUGCAAUACAUUGAAUACCUACAGGCAAGGUACAGGGCUAAGCACUUUACUUGAAUUAUCACUUACUUUCACAACAAUCCUAAGAGGUAGGAAUUAAUCUCAACACACACGUACAUACUUGCUUAGAAAGACUGAAAACUGUGAGAGCUGGCAACUAUUAAGGAUUGAGUUGACUCACUGAUUUCCCGGUUUGCUACACCAGUGCUUUGUCAUUAUGGUUCUUUCAAGUGUUGGGGCUUAUGUGGAACCUACUGAUGGGCCCCAGUUAGAGUAGCUCUGCUUCUGUGUGCAUUAUACAUUGUUUUAGCAGAAAUUUUUGUUCAGAAAUUCUCAUUGCUACAGAUAAGUUUGAGAACAGUGAAUGUACUAAUCACAUAUGACUGUUGCACUCAAAGAGGUUCUGAGUGACUUUCACAUAAGGAGACGAUGCUGCCACAGAGGAUUCCUCUCCAGCCUACCAUCCUAGAAACUCUUCGCUUAUUUGUACUUGAACCACUGCUAAGAAAAAUGGCAGGAGUCCUGCAAGUCUCAAAUCUCUGUAUCCUCUUGAUCAUAUUCAAGUUGACUACGUUCAGGAAAAGACAGACCAUGUAUUUGAAAACAGAGAGAAGAAUUGCAAUAAAUAUUUGCAGAAGGCAAGCCUUUUAAUUAUGAAACCAAACUUGGGGAUUUUAUUUCAUUAAAUGAAAAAGAAUGUGAAGUAAAAAUCUCAGCACCCAGUCAUUUUCAAUUUUGGAAAUUCACCAGGAAACAAUCUGGACUCUUGUCUAUCAAAGGUCUGGAGUCCUUCCCUGGAUUAAUGUCAUCCCAACCAGAUCCAAUUUCAGUAUUCAAAGCCACAAGCUCUGAAUCAUGGAAGUGUGAUUUCAGACACAAUACUUGGAAUUCAAGUCACAUGUAUUCCUUGGCUUUCUUGUGCAUGAGUGAACACCCAAGUCACAGGAUGGAGACAAAAAAAAAAAAAAUGGAACCUUGAAGGCUACUCUGAACCAUAGCAUGUACAGAAAUCCAUUUGUUAGCACACAGAAUAGCAUCCCUAGGAAAGUGUCCUAUUCAAUUUUAUUUAACAGAUAAUCUCUUAUAUGUAGAUGCCUAUCUGCAGAACUGGAGCUUUUUUUCUGCUUCAAAAGAAAAUCAUUCCAAUAAAGAGGGAGACAAGAUGUUGUAAUACCAUGAGAAUCAGGUCUGUUUUUUUUUUUUUUAAUCUGUUUCUGGGAUGUAACACAAGUCGAAUACAACAGGACACUUGCAGAGCUGCUGAGGGAUGAAAGUAGUUUACCUUUAAGAAAAAAAGUGUUGGUAUUUUCACAUUGGAGCAAUGGGCUGCAUAUUUAAUUACAAAUUGUAAUUUACAGGGAUUACAUAAUUAGAUUAUUAAAAAUGAUGUUGAACUGCCCUUUUUGAAAAUAAAGAGGUAACAGAAGCCAUAUUACGGACGGGACAUUUCCCUAGCACACAGGCGAUCCUGCUAACAGCUCCAUUCUAAAACCUGAACAGAGCAGAAGGUGGGUAGGGAUGUGCCCUCUCUGUACCUGUCUUCAGUUAAAUAAAGGGAGAAUCGUCCACAUUGAGAAUGAUGCCAAAUCCUAGGAAACAAAGCUAAAGAAUCUUCAUUUUUGUGUAUUUGAAGAACUCAUUCCAAUUCAUGCUGUCAUAUUUUUCCCUGAAUAGAGAGACCUGCUUUCUCCUCUGGGCCUCCUAGGUGCCCCCUAUGAAUCUUGGUCUUAACGUGUGUGUGGUACCUAAUUACUCAAACUUCUGCCCUCUCCUGGACUUCCGAGUAAGUUUCUCUUAGGAAGAGGAUGGAGUUAUUUUUUUUUCUAUUGUACCUAGCACUAAAACAUAGUAGCAGCAUUUGGUAAACCAGUAAGUUUACAAUAUCAAAUCUGACCCUAGGACUUAACCCUCUGAAUUAUAUUUUCAUUGGAUAUAGAGAUAUGAGUUGAUUUUUUUUCCUUUCAGCACUUGAAAAAUGUUAUUCCACUGAUUUUUUGUUUUGUUUUGAGCUCCAUGGUUUCUGAUGAGGAAGCUCUGAUUAUUCAAGUUAUCAGUGUCGUGCGUGUAAUGUAUUGCUUUUGUCUGAGCUUUUGUUUUGGUUUUGAUCAUUGA